AUCUUCUCGCCAUCUUUCAAUGGGGUGUGUGGAAACGGCCAAAAGCUGUUUGGAGAUAUUCACUAUUGUAGCUGAAGAGCCGAAGUAUAAAUUGGCCGAGCUGACGCUUCCACCCCCCAAAAAAAUAAUAACGUUAUCACUAGGGACAUUGUGCUUUCUCUGCAUUGAUUAAACAAACAGAAACAUGAACAUUUUUAGACUAACUGGGGAUCUCUCACACUUAGCAGCUAUCAUCAUCCUGCUGCUUAAAAUUUGGAAAACCAGGUCCUGCGCCGGUAUAUCUGGUAAAAGCCAGUUAUUGUUUGCCUUGGUUUUCACUACCCGCUACUUGGACCUUCUGACCUCGUUUAUCUCUCUGUACAACACUACCAUGAAGCUUAUCUACAUUGGAUGUGCAUAUGCCACAGUGUACCUGAUUUACGUCAAGUUCAAAGCCACCUAUGAUGGCAACCAUGACACUUUCAGGGUGGAAUUCCUGGUUGUUCCUGUGGGAGGUCUUGCUUUCCUCGUCAACCAUGAUUUCUCGCCACUUGAGAUCCUGUGGACUUUCUCCAUCUACUUGGAGUCAGUUUCCAUCCUUCCACAACUCUUUAUGAUUAGUAAGACGGGUGAAGCUGAGACCAUCACCACCCACUAUCUGUUCUUUCUGGGUCUUUACCGUGCCCUGUAUCUUAUCAACUGGGUCUGGCGCUUCUACUUUGAAGGCUUCUUCGAUAUGAUUGCCAUUGUGGCAGGCAUCGUUCAGACAAUCUUGUAUUGUGAUUUCUUCUAUCUCUAUGUAACAAAAGUGCUGAAAGGUAAGAAGCUGAGUUUGCCUGCCUAAGUGCCAAAGACAAAGCCUUGGCAAUGCUGUGUAGGGGGACAGGAUGCCACUGACAUGUUUGAGCAAGAUGCCUGAGAUGGAGUAUGAAAGGGAUCCUCCUCUGUAUUCCUCUAACCCUGACUAUGCCAGCAGCUCAGGGACGGUUCUGGAUUCAAGCACUGGCAAAUGCCGCUGCUCCCCCUGUAUUCGGAUUCCUGUUUUAUGCAUCUUGUUUUACCACUUUUAUUAUUACAUAAAUAAGGGGAAAAUGUUUUCUACAUGAAAUGUAUACUCACUAUGAUUUGGCUCGUGGCAUCAUAAAAAGAGCUGAAAUAUGCAUAACAAUUUGGCAGCGUCAAGGGGACUUAUUCUUAUGCCAAAUAUUGACUGUUUGUAAGAGUAUUUGCAAUAUGACUAGAUGUACGUUUACUAAAACUCUAGAAGAGUGCUGGACGGAAAAAUUACUCUCUGUGGUAGAAUUGUUUUGAGAAUUAUUGUUUUUACCUUAUGCAAUGUACAUUCCUUUGUUUAAAACCUCAAUACAGUGGUUUACCCAAUGCUCUGGUGAGCCUGUUUCUUUCAUUAGAAUGAAAUACAUUUACAGUAUUUGUCAAUUUUAGAUGACAAAUUUUAGAGGUUUUACACUAUUCAAGUUGGUUGAAAAGUGGCAACAGCUGAUAUUUGAUGUCUUCUGUCCAUCUCUUCAUUGCAGUCAUACAGUAUUGACACAUUGUUUUCAUUGCUUUAAAUGGUUUCUCUAACUUAUUGGAUACUUGUUUAAGCCUAUAAUGCAUUUUACUUUAAAGAACUAUGAGUUUUUCCUCUGUAUGUCCACCAAUCCAUCAUUACCUAAUUUAUAUAUUUUCUAUUCUAAAAUUUGUACAACAUGACAUGAGAUUUGCUAAGGUAUGCAACUCCAUAACUUCAGUAGAGGUUUUGUAUUUGAAAACCUACAUAUCAGGUAUUGGACUUUUUGGACUUUUUUUUUUAAUUUUUUUAAAUCAAGUCCCUGAUCAGCAUUGGCCAUAAAAAUGUAAAACAUGAUCUGUAUAUUGAGAGAUCCUUAUACUGUAAUUUUUGUUUUAAAAAUUUGUUUAAAUUUUUUUGUUCAAAUAUCCAAGAGAUGGACAUUGCUGCAAAUGGGCUUGAAGUGGUUUCAAUUUCUGCUGUUUGGUUUAUAUUUUAAUUUACAUUUUUUUACAAUUCUGAAUUCUGCAUUUUCUCUUACAUCUUAGCUCUUUUUCAGCAUAGUGUGAUGUCCACCUCAAAUAAAUAUUUUAUGGGAAAUACUA